AUUCCUCUUUCAAAUUUGGGCACCGCUUGAAUAUCUCAAAGUUUAGAUCUAAGAACUAACACUAUUACUACUCAGAGUCACACGCAGAGCCCAGAAAAGAAGCUCUUUCUCUCUAACAACAAUGCCUCCCACUGACGGAGACUUGGAUCUUAGGCCACCUUCUCAAUCUUCCUUCACAGCCGGCGACUACACGUUCGCCGAUGCGGACAAUUUGGAGCAUUGCGCUAAGUAUCUCAACCAAUCGCUCGUCACGUUUGGUUUCCCGGCUUCGCUCGAUCUCUUCGCAAAUGACCCCGUUUCAAUUGCGAGGACUUGCAAUUGCAUUUACGUCUUGCUGCAGCAGAGACAGCGCGACGUGGAGUUUAGAGAGUCUGCUAAUGAUCAAAGACAACGACUGUUGUCUGACAUUUCGAGAUUGGAGGCCAAAGUGGAGAGGCUUGAAGGUCAACUACAAGUCAAAGACAGGGAGAUAGCGACUAUUACUAGAACGGAAGCUAAAAACACUGCAGCUCUGAAGGCCCAAAUUGAGAAGCUGCAACAGGAGAGGGAUGAAUUCCAGAGAAUGGUUAUUGGUAAUCAGCAAGUAAAGACUCAACAAAUGCAUGAGAUGAAGAAGAAGGAAAAAGAAUACAUAAAGUUGCAGGAGAGGCUAAACCAAGUGUUGAUGGAGAAGAAGAAAGAGUCUAGGUCAGGCAUGGAGAUAAUGAAUUUGCUUCAGAAGGAAGGGAGGCAACGUGGAACAUGGAAUGGGAAGAAAGCUGACAAUGAUUUUUAUAAAAAGAUUGUGGAUGCUUAUGAGUCAAAAAAUCAAGAACUGAUGGCAGAGAAUGCUGAUUUAAGAGCAUUAUUGAGAUCAAUGCAGGUGGAUAUGCGUGAUUUCUUAAAUGCUCCUAAUGGACUACCAAAGCAAUCUUUCACUGGCAAUGAAAGAGUUGAAAGUGAUCCUUCACAAUCUCCAUUGGUUGGGAAAAUGGAUGUAUUUGACCUUCCUUUUCACAUGGCCAGAGAUCAAAUAGAAGAAAGUCUUCGCAACAAAAUGGCUUCUAUAAAGGAGCGUAUGGUUCAAUUGCAAGAUGCUCAAAAAGAAGCAGAAGUUACUUCAGAGGCUACUGAGAGGGAACUUGAGCUUGAAGCUCAACUUGUCGAAGCAAGGAGCAUCAUACAGGAGCAGGCAUCAAUAAUGUCUAAACAUCUUGCAAAAUCUGACAGGCCAAGGGAAUCUAUCAUCCCAGCACCGGCUGAGGCAGUAUGCAAUUAACAAAGCUGAGGAUACUCACAUUUGAUGCCUGGCAUGAUUAAUUGAGUUGGCUCUGCAGUGUAACAGGAACGGACAGCAUGCUUUUAGCCUGUGUUUCUAAUCUUGCUUGUUCAUCUUGCACUGCCCUAGUUUAUGAUAAGAGGCCCGAGUAUGGUCGAAUAUCAUUGUAAUUAUUAGCAUGGUGUUGUAAUUAGUGUUAUUGUACCCUUGGAACUGCUAGAAGAAAAAAUAGAUCAUAUUUAUGUCACAAGAACCAUUCAAACUACAUACUAACAUUUAAGAUUGACAGCUAGAAAUAUUUUAUAAUAUCACUUUGGGCUCUUCCAAAAUUCAUGUCUCA